GAGCCCUCUACAGGGACGUCAUGCAGGAGAACUAUGAGACGGUGACCUCGCUGGGAUUCCCCAUUCCCAAACCGGACCUGAUCGCCCAGCUGGAACGAGGGGAAGAGCUGUGGGUCCCGGAUCUCCAGGCCACUGAGGAAAGGGAGAGCCCGAGAGGUACCCGCACAGCAGGUGCUGAGAGAGUGCGUGUGAAUGAGGAGAACAAUCAACAGUGGGAAGUUCCCGGGGAAGUGGAACCAUGGGGGACCUUUUUGAGAAGAGCUGAAGGGAAUUUUUCCCAGUGCUUGGAACAGGGAGAAGCCUGGGGAAAUCGGGGCAGGUCAGAAAAACAGCUGGGAAAAGUGACAAAAGUGGAUGAAUCCAUUGAUUGUGGGGCAGGAUGCAAGGAUCCCAAGGAAACCACAGUCCAGCAGACAAGUCAAAAGGAAGAAGAACCCUAUAAAUGCCCCAAUAUUGAGAAUAGAUCUCAUAUGAGUACAAACCUUAUUUCUCAUUGGAGAAACCACACCGGAGAGAGACCCUAUAAAUGUCUUGAUUGUGGGAAAUGUUUCAAUCAGAAGUCAACGCUUGUUAGGCAUCAGACAGUCCACACAGGAGAGAAACUCCAUAAAUGCUCGGAGUGUGGGAAAAGCUUCACUAGAUGCUCAUACCUCGCAAUACAUCAGACAAUUCACACGGGAUUCAGACCCUAUAAAUGCCUUGAGUGUGGGAAGUGUUUCAAUUGGAAGUCAAGCCUUAUUACACAUCAGAGAACCCAUACAGGAGAGAAGCCCCAUAAAUGCUCGGACUGUGGGAAAAGUUUCAUGCACAGAUCUGACCUUAUUAGACAUCAGAAAACACACACAAGAGAGAAACCCCAUAAGUGCUUGGACUGUGGGAAAACGUUCACACAGAGAUCAACCCUUGUUGCCCAUCAGAGAAUCCAUACAGGAGAGAAACCCUUUAAAUGUUUGGACUGUGGGAAAUGCUUCAGCCAGAGUUCAUAUCUUACUUCACAUCAGCAAAUCCACACCGGAGAGAGAACCUAUAGAUGCCUCGACUGUGGGAAAUGUUUCAAUUGGCAGUCAUCAUUUAUUACACAUCAGAAGAUCCAUACAGGAGAGAAACCCCAUAAAUGUUUGGACUGUGGGAAAAGCUUCAGUAGCACCUCAGACCUCGCUAAGCAUCACAGAACCCACACGGGAGAGAGACCCUACAAAUGCUUGAACUGUGGGAAAAGUUUCAAUAACAACUCAAACCUUCGUAAACAUGGGAAAAUCCACACUGGUGAGAGACCUUAUAAAUGCUUUGAUUGUGGGAAAUGUUUCAUUUGGAAGUCAAACCUUACCAGACAUCAGGGAACUCACACAAGAGACGGAUCCCACACCUGCUUGGAAUGCGGGGAAAGUUUCAUCCAGAGAUUGGACCUUAUGCAACAUCAGACAAUGCACAAGAGACAAGAAACAUAAAUGCUUGGAUUGUGGAAAAAGUUACAUUAAGAGAGCAAACCAUAUUACGCAUCAGAGAACACACACAGUAGAAUAUCCCCAUACAUGCUUGGACUAUCUAGGGGCGCUCACCCGUGUGGCUUCUCCGAUGUUC